AUGAGCUUCAACUCCUCCAAAUUAUGCGUGGAAGAAGCGUAGUUCUACAGAACACGCCUCUCUGUAACGCGAUUGGGUGGAAGUUUGGCGGAUUUUUAUUACCGCGGGUGAGCCUGGUGCGUCAAGUUCAACAACGAACGUCAGCUGUUUGUUAGCUGGUUAUUGACGUACCGCCAAAAAGGGCAUUUUUUUGCAUUGCAUCUCAUUGCUGGAAAGAAGAAGCAGACAUGUCAUUCAUCAACGGUAAACACCUGAGCAAGGACACCUGGGAUUCUCACAGCAGGAUGAUGCUGGAGCCUCUUUGCACCAACGAUGCGGAGGUGUAUGCCCUCAUCAAGAAAGAGAAGAAAAGACAGACGUAUGGGUUGGAGCUCAUUGCCUCUGAGAACUUUGCCAGCAGGGCAGUCCUGGAAGCCCUUGGUUCCUGCAUGAAUAAUAAAUAUUCUGAGGGCUACCCUGGGCAGAGAUAUUACGGAGGCACAGAGUUUGUGGAUGAACUUGAGAGGCUGUGCCAGAAGAGAGCCCUGGAGGUGUACGGCCUCGAUGCAGACAAGUGGGGGGUCAAUGUGCAGGCAUACUCUGGGUCUCCGGCUAACUUCGCCGUGAUGACAGCCCUGGUACAGCCCCACGGAAGGAUCAUGGGUCUAGACCUGCCAGAUGGGGGUCACCUCACCCAUGGCUUCAUGACCGACAAGAAGAAAGUAUCUGCAACCUCCAUGUUCUUUGAGUCCAUGGCCUAUAAGGUCAACCCCGACACCGGUUAUAUAGACUAUGAUCGCCUUGAAGAGAAUGCCCGUCUCUUCCACCCUAAGUUGAUAAUUGGAGGUGCCAGCUGCUACUCUCGCCAUGUGGACUACGGCCGGAUGAGGAAGAUAGCAGACGAGAACGGAGCUUACCUCAUGUCAGACAUGGCCCACAUUAGUGGGAUGGUUGCUGCUGGAGUGGUGCCCUCUCCUUUCGAUUACUGUGACGUCGUCUGCACCACUACCCACAAGACUCUGAGGGGGUGUAGAUCCGGGCUCAUCUUUUACCGAAAAGGGGUGCGCAGUGUUGACCCAAAGACUGGUAAGGAGACCCUCUACAACCUGGAGACCCUGAUCAACCAGGCUGUCUUCCCUGGGCUGCAGGGGGGGCCACACAAUCAUGCCAUUGCAGGAGUUGCUGUAGCCCUGAAGCAGGCCCUGACCCCUGAAUUUAAAGCCUACCAGAUGCAGAUCCUAGCGAAUUGCCAAGCCCUGGUAGCUGCCCUGCUUGAGAAAGGCUAUAAACUCGUCACAGGUGGCUCUGACAACCACCUGGUCUUGGUUGACCUGCAUUCAAAGGGCACAGAUGGUGGACGGGCGGAGAAGGUUCUGGAAGCCUGUGCCAUUGCCUGCAACAAAAACACAUGCCCAGGAGACAAAAGUCCACUUCGCCCCAGUGGCAUUCGAUUUGGAACCCCUGCUCUCACAUCCAGAGGGUUACUGGAAGAUGACUUCCAUAAAGUUGCCGAGUUUAUCCACAGAGGCAUCGAGUUGACCUUGGAGAUUCAAUCAAGCAUGAACCCCAAGGCCACUUUAAAGGAGUUUAAGGAAGUGCUGGCACAAGAUGAGAAGUACCAAACAAAGAUCAAAGAAAUCCGAGAGGAGGUGGAGACCUUUUCUGGGAAGUUUCCCAUGCCUGGACAGCCGGAGCUGUGAACGAUUAGAGCAGGAUUUUGGCCUCUGUUCCAUUCUGUUGUAUGUUAUUUUGAGUCAUCCUUUCUGUCAGGAUAAUCUCGUCUGAUAUUCUGAAAAGCUGUAUUUCAUUUAAACCGGGAUGAUUGUGAAAGUAAGAUAAUUUUAAGGGUGCUGGCCUCUUGUCUUUAAAUGUUUCUGAAAUUGUGAACCACGUGCCUACUGAAACUCAAUGAUUUACAUCAUUCUAUGAGCUUCCGAAGUGUUUGCCAAAUAAAUCAUUCCAUGGUUGAUUGUUCAAUGAUUUGAUGUCAAAAGAUUGUCCAAAGAUAUGUGAAGUGGCCAGAAUUGAUUAAAAAGCAAAUUUAUGCAA